AAGUAGGUAACUUAAUACUUAUCUUCAUAAAUCGCGCAGAUUGCCGAGGAGUAACGAGAAAAUAAAUAAGUUAAAGAUUUAAACAUUUCUGUGUGAAAUUUUGCGUAUAAUUAUACAAAAAAAAAUCAUGUAUCUCAAAACAGUGAUUCUUUUGGCAAAUUGUUUGGCUUUCGGGUUGGGGCUUCUUGCGCUUUUAUUACCGAACUGGUCAUCUGGGAAUUUCGAGGAGGUGAGAAACGUAACAGUGGUCAAAGAGAUAGACAGUGGACUGUUUAAUGAGAAAAACGAGUACUAUAUGAAAGAGGACUCCAUUUUAGAUUCAUCUGAAGAAAUUCCCGGUUCCUUCAUGAAACCGGAAGUUGUUAAAAUCAUAAGAGCAUUGAUGAUAACCGGACUUUCAUUGUUGUCAAUCGUUCUGAUACAUUCUGUUUUUCAAUGGUGUUGCUAUGAUGAUGAUGAAACAGUCGGAAAGACCGACGCAGUGAUAUCUUUAAUUCUGUCACUUGUGACAAUUUUAGCAGGUGGUUUUAUUCUGAGCGGCCCACUGAUUUAUAAAAACCACGUGGUAGCAGAGUUCGAGCCUGAGAAAACAAGUUUCGGUGCAAGUUGGUACAUGGCUUUAUCAUCAGCCGGACUGACAUUUAUUCUUGGAAUUGUGAGUGUCCUUCAUUCCUUUUGGUUAUUCGGAGUGAUAUCUAACAACAAAAAACGAUCAGUGUCACGUGGUAAAUCACGCGAAAAACGGCAAAAAGUUUAUACGGUAUGAUAACAGUUACAACAUUAAGUGAAAAAGAAACUUGAGAAAAUUCGUGCAAUUUGACCAGGCUGCAUAUUUUUAAAUUUUUAUCUUGACGUCCCCGGAGUUGAUAAUGGACAGUGUAAAAAAAGUGACAUUUCAGUAAUCGGGAUAUACAGUUUGUGUCUGUUUGCAUUGACUUCUCUCUUAUCAAAUGAAAAGAGCCAUAAAAGUUGCCAUGGAGAGAUAACUUAUUAAAAAUACUGUUAAUGCCCAAGAAUACUAUGCAUAAAUACCAUGUUACCAGAGAUAAAUAUCUAUUUUUCAUAAAUAUGCAUGUAUAUUUCUGUUUUUAACUGUUUAUUGUUUAUCUUAUAGCAAUGUGUAUUUACAUGUAUUAUAUGUUCUAAAUGUGUUCUGAUGCUAUAUUGAAUAAAAAGGUAAAUCAAUA